AUGGAUCAAAACAAGCCCAUCAAAGUUAAGUACAUUUCUAGUCCCAUGAUGGUCAAAGCCAACAACGAGUCUGAAUUUCGAGCCAUUGUUCAAAAGCUCACCGGCCAGCACUCGCCUCAUGAUGCUUUUGAUCAAUCAGCUGAAGACUUCAACCAAGUUUUUUAUCCACCACCGUCGUCCAUGGCCGCUCCCUCUUUCGACCCUAAGGAUUGCUAUGCUUCGGCCUCCGGUGAUGUACUCUUCGAUUGGCAAGGUGAAAUGGAAGGUUCUUUUUCUGGGUUUCAAGCUUCUUCUUGUGUGAAUACAUGGUGA